AGAACAAACAUACAAGAGAGGAGGAGCACCAGGGAGCACAUGGCGCCGUCCUACGACAAGACCAUCGCCACGGCGGCCUCCCUCGCGGCGUCCCUGAUGCUGGUCCGCAGCCUCGCGAACGAGCUGCUGCCGUCCGAGGUGCGCGACGCGCUGUCCUCGGCCCUCGCCAGCCUCCGCUCGCGCAUGACGUGGCAGCACACCAUCGUCAUCAAGGAGACCGAGGGCUGGUGCCGAAAUUGUGUCUACGAUGCCGUCGAGGCCUACCUUGCCACGCGCAUCAACACCAACCUCAACAUGCAGCGCCUGCGCGUCAGCAGCGCCGGCGCAUCUGAGAAGAUGGUCGUCGGCAUGGAGGCAGGCGAGGAGAUGCCGGAUGUGUAUCAAGGAGCGGAGUUCAAAUGGUGCCUGGUCACUCGCGAGGUCAAGGGCGACUCGGACAGCGUUGGCGACGGCGCCCAUGAGGUCAGGUCCUAUGAGGUAAGCUUCCACAAGAGGCACAAGGAGAAGGCGCUCAAGGAGUACCUGCCCUUCAUCGUCGCCGCCGCCAAGGCCAUUGAGGACCAGGAGCGGAGCCUCGACAUCUACAUGAACGAGCACGGCAACGAGUGGUCCUCCAUCGUCCUCCAGCACCCCUCCACCUUCGACACGCUCGCCAUGGACAUGAAGCAGAAGCGGGCCAUUGUUGAUGACCUCGACAGGUUCACCAAGAGGAAGGACUACUACAGGAGGAUCGGCAAGGCGUGGAAGCGCGGGUACCUCCUAUAUGGCCCUCCAGGUACCGGCAAGUCCAGCCUCAUCGCCGCCAUCGCCAACCACCUCAGGUUCGACAUUUACGACCUCGAGCUCACCGGGGUUGAUUCCAACUCCGACCUCAGGAGGCUUCUUGUCGGGAUGACCAACCGGUCCAUUCUCGUGGUCGAGGACAUCGACUGCACCAUCGAACUCAAGCAGCGGGAGGAAGACGACGAGGAGCACUCCAAGUCCAACUCUGCAGCAAAGAAGAAGGCAGAAGACAAGGUAACAUUGUCUGGGCUGCUCAAUUUUGUUGAUGGCUUGUGGUCGACGAGCGGGGAGGAAAGGAUCAUCAUCUUCACAACCAACUACAAGGAACGUCUCGACCCGGCACUCCUGCGGCCUGGCAGGAUGGACAUGCACAUACACAUGGGGUACUGCACCAUGGAGGCCUUCCGGAUCCUUGCCAACAACUACCAUUCCGUCGACUACCAUGCCACCUAUCCAGAGAUAGAGGAGCUGAUCGAGGAGGUGUCGGUGACGCCUGCAGAGGUCGCCGAGGUCCUCAUGAGGAACGACGACACUGACGUUGCCCUCCAUGAUCUUGUCGAGCUCCUAAAGUUGAAGAAGAAAGAUGCCACUGAUGACAUCAAGAUUGAGGGUACGCACGUGGAUGGGAAGAAAGAUAGUGAUGAGAUCAAGACUGGAAGUGUGCAGGUGGAGGAGAAGAAAGAUGACGAAGAGGUGGUGGUGAAGAAUGUUUUCAUAGAUAACAGAAGCGGUUAGGAGUGCGGAAGCUAACGGUGACGAAAGAGUGUGCUUACCAUGUAGAUAGAUCCUACAGAAGAUCCAUUGCAGCAAACAAAUGUUGUGAUCAUUUUGACAACCAAGAACAUUGCAUUUUUGGAGUAGUUCGAUGCAUCUGUACUUUUUAACAGUGUGUCUGUAAAUAAUUUGUAAGUACAGUUGCAACAAGUUACAUAUAUGCAACUUAGACGUUCUGCAUAAGAUAUUAGCCCACAGAGCCAUGUGACCCUACACACAGCCACACCCCUUGCUGGAUGCAGAGGAGGAAAGACACAAGCAUAGUUACGAUC